GACAUCUGAUUGGAUAAUAUUUGUUCCUUCUUUCUCCUUCCUAGCAGAGCCAUCACGUUUGGUUGAUGAGCAAAAAGUUGAUGUCAACCUAAAAGAAGCCCGAGAAACUCCUCCCGUCUCGAAAUUAUGAGUGACCAACAGGAUGAAAUGGCCGCGAUGGUGGAGAGCGGUGGAGGCUUCCUUCAAAAGCGAAACACAAAUACCGGACAAGACUCCCAGCAGCCUUCUCCUCUAGCUCUGUUGGCAGCGACCUGUAGUAGAAUCGACACCCCGGGUGAGAGUGACUCCGGCUCCGAACAACAACAGUUAGACAUAAGCCAAGCCCAUCUGACCCAGACAGCCAAUGGGAGCUGGCAGAUCAUCCCGGUCAGUCUCGGUAGCACCAGUGGUUCCAACACCCUCACCACCGACUCCACUGGCAUGGUCAUGACCGCGGGCGACUCAGGGAAGAACAGGGGGCAGCAGGUGUUGACGUCAGUCUCCAGUGGGCACCAGGGACAGCAGCAGUAUGUGCUGUCCUCAGCUCCUUCUCUACAGGGCCAGCAGGUCCUCACCAUGUCUGGGGGCCAGGUUGUGUCCAUGCCCAACAUCCAGUACCAGGUGAUCCCUCAGUUCCAGACGGUGGAUGGCCAGCAGCUACAGUUCGCCCAGGCAGGGGUGCAGCAGGACCCUAAUGCAGCUGGGGCCGGACAGUUCCAGCUAGUCUCCUCGCCUAACGGUGGUCAGCAGCUGGUUAGAGCAGGGAGUGGAGGGAAUAUCCUAACCAUGCCCGCCGGGCUCCUACAGCAAGCCAUCCCCCUACAGAACCUAGGUCUGGGUAACAGCGUCCUGCAGAACAACCAGGGCCAGUUCCAGUUGGCUAACAUGCCUGGGCUCCUAAACGGCAAUAUCACCCUCCUCCCGGUCAGUGCAGCUAGUGGCUCUGGAGGGGAAGGGAGCGGAGGGGACGGAGGCUCUAACCAGCAGCUGAUGCAGCAGGUAGUGUCAACCUCCGGCGCUUACUACACCAACUCAACCACCACCACCACUCAGACAGGCACCUCGUAUGGAGGCAUGACACAGCAGACUCAGAGCACCAACGGCUUCCAGAACUCUGUUGGCGGGAUCCCCAUCCAGCCAGACAACAGAGAUCAACAGCAGCCGCAGCAGAUCCUCAUUCAACCCCAGCAGCUCAUCCAGGGAGGGACCUCCCUGCAGACAAUCUCAGCCGGGGGACAGGUGUUCGCGGCCCCAACACUCACCCAGGAUGCCCUGCAGAACCUGCAGAUUCAGACCAUCCCCAACACCUCUCCCAUCCUGCUGAGGACCAUCGGGCCCAACGGACAGGUGAGCUGGCAGACCCUCCAGCUGCAGAGCCCAGCGGGGACCCAGAUCACCCUGGCCCCCAUGCAGGGUCUCACUCAGCUGGGCCAGGCCCAGGGAGGCACCAUGCAGCUCCCCGGGCUGCACACCAUCAACCUCAACUCACUGCAGAACUCAGGCUUACAGAUGCACCAGCUACAAGGGGUCCCCAUCACCAUCUCUAACACAGUUGGAGACCAGGGUUUGCAUACAGGGGGGGACAGUCUGGAUGACGGCACAGCCAUGGACGAGGGAGACACGUCCCCUCAGCCUCAGAACCGCCGGACACGCCGGGAAGCCUGCACCUGUCCCUUCUGUAAGGACGGCGAGGCACGAGAUCCCAAUAAGAAGAAGCAGCAUAUCUGUCACAUGCAAGGUUGUGGGAAGGUGUACGGUAAGACAUCUCACCUGAGAGCCCACCUCCGCUGGCACACUGGAGAACGACCCUUCGUCUGCAGCUGGUCCUUCUGUGGGAAAAAAUUCACUCGCUCAGACGAACUGCAGCGCCACAAGAGGACACACACAGGUGAGAAGAAGUUCCAGUGUACAGAGUGUCCAAAGCGCUUCAUGCGCAGCGACCACCUCUCCAAACACCUCAAGACCCACCUCAACAAGAAACCCACCACCGGUGGCGCUGCGGCCUCCGAUAACUCCGCCCCUCAGUCGGGUGGAUGCGGAGCCGCGGAUGGCGGGGCCGGGGUCAAUGACCAGCACGCCCUCAUCGCCAUGGAGACACUGUCGCCCGAGGGCAUCGCCCGAUUGGCCAGCAGCGGCAUCAACGUGAUGCAGGUGGCCGAUCUGCACUCCAACAGUAACGGAUAUUGAUUACUGAUUGGAUGUGGGGGUCAGGACAGUAGUGGAGGAGUGGACAUUGAUCUAUCUAAGGGCUAAUAAAAGGGCUAUGUGUUUCUAGAUGAUAUACAGUAAGACUAAAGGCUAAUGAUGGGAAUGGAGGGAAGAGCCCUGUUAGAUAAUAUCUUUGAGAGACAGGAUCCAGGGAGUCCCUGUCUUUUUUAUUUAGAUAAACUACUAUGGUGUCUUUCCAUGGACUUCAAGCCAAUGAAAUAGGGAAAAUGGGGUGGGUCAGGUGGAGAGGAGUCUCGAUGUUUAGUCAGCUAGAUCCGAUCGAUGAUGGAAGGGAAUUAAUGGGACUGCUACAGUGGUUAUCAUAGAUUGUCGUAACUUUAGUAACACGAUCACAAAGGCCCUUCUGGAUCUGGUGUCGGUCUGUGGGUGUGUCGGGGGGUUUCCAGUUCACAAAGGCCCCUUCCAAUACAAUACAAAUCCAUCACUUCCAAUCUCUAUUUGUACAGAAUACAGAUACACACUACUGCUACUCAGUCCAGUGUCCUGCUUGCCUCCCUACUCCCCCCCUCUCACCUCUCUCAGGUCUCUUCUUUUCCAACCCCCUCUCUCUCUGUCUGGGUAUAGUACACUAUAGUACAAUAUACACCAGGGCUACCUUCAAUACUCCACUGUACUAGCUGGUUGAGUGGGUUGGGCCUCGCCUGGUCACUCACGCCCUCUCUAGUCCCGCCCAGUAUCACCAUUGGUUCUUUCUCAUUGGAGGCCAGUGUGGAUGGGGGGAGUGGCUCAUUAUUAGGUCACUAGUGACUUCUGGGGCCUGUUCAGGAGGAUGUUACGUUACAGAACGUUCAGAUGGAAACAUGGUGUAGAACAGAAAUUAAUGUCGGAUAAAAUAGGGGAAUCGUGUCAGCUCUGUAUUUUCUAUCUGCAACGUUCCGGCACGUUUCAUGUCCCUGAAGACAGCCCAGACCUAGGAGCAUUAAUCCUCGGGAUGGGGGACACUCUCUGGUACCCUAUUACCUACAUAGGGCACUACUUUCAACCAGAGCCCUAUGGGUCCUGGUCAAAAGUAGUACACUACAUGGGGAGCCAUUUUGUUUUUAGAUACAGAUCUAAAAUCUUCAUGAGAUAUCUCCUUGUUUUCUGCCUUUUUAUAUGAUUAUUAUAUAGGUACCCAUUCAAGCCAUCAUGCUUUGAUAUGUUUAUUAUCAUAGCCAAAAAAAAAUAUUUGGGAUAACUUUUUUUGUAUGUACAUAUGUUUUUUUUCUUCUUUUCUUCAAAAAAAUGUGUAAAGCUACAGAAAUUCUUACCCUAGGAAGGAUCAACUGAACUUUAUAUGGUCGCAAGAGAUUGCCUUUCUGUUGAGUCUCUCAUACACAAUCAAUCUUAAACUUCUAUUGUUAUUAUCAACUUUUAUAUAAAUGUAGAUUUUGUUUGUAAACUCUAUUUCAAAAGUGUUCUGUCUAUAGAAUGAACUAUGUAUGUAUUCAAUACGGUCCAGUUCUUCCCAGUACAUAUUUACUUUUUCUGUGGUAUAUUUGUCAACUUCCUUCAUACUCCAGCCGUUUUCUCUGAUGCAUUUGGAAAUCAAAUUCCUCCUUGACUACUUUUGAUUUUGUUUUUUUGUUAGUCAUAUUUCCAAAUAAUGCAAAAAUAAAUUUAAGCUAAAACCAAAGUCCAUAUUCUGUUUAAGAGGACUCUGGAAUGGAAUGUUUUGUCCUCAGUUCUAGAACAGUUGCAGACAGUCUGCCAACAUAACCCGACUCCGGCCAUGGUUCUUUUGCAUUUUAGUCAUUUAGCAGACGCUCUUAUCCAGAGCGACUUACAGUUAGAGUGCAUACAUUUUCCUACUGGC